GCUACCACAAGACUGCAAUAUACCAAUGCCAUAUUCGUCAUGUAAAACAAAAUAUUGAUCAAAAUUCUGCGCUUGAAGAAGAUUUGGGGAAUGUGUGAGUCAGAAACUAUUAUUAUGUUUUGAUGAGAGACAAAUUGGCUGUGUAUAAGAGAAUUCCUGGUCGACAAUAUAAACCCUUGUCAAACUCGAUGAAAGAAUUAUGGCCGUGUUAGACGCCGAAGAGAUACAAGAAUGAAAAUGCCGUUUAACCGUUUCAUCGGUAAUCGCCAUUCACUGAAUUUGGAACAGUUGCGACGACAACAAUGGCAAGAAAGUACCGAAAAUAUCACGUUGAGUCAAAUUGCACGGCCCUUGAUCAAUGGGGAAGCAGCCAUGCUGACCACUCCAAGUCCAGAACAACAGACCAGAGAUUGGGGUGAUGAAAGAGAGGACGGCGCAAUAUAUCGUGUCGUUUUAAAGAAAGUUCGUUACCACACAACAAACAAACUACCAUUUAAUGACGAGUUUGUCUCGCACUUGGAAUGGGAGACGCAGAAGCGACGAACAAUUAAAGCUGGGACUCUCGUGAAGUUGAUUGAACAUUUAGCUCCAGCCAAUGAUCAUAUUGAUGAUAUUGAUACCGGUUUCUUGACCGUUUUUCUUACUAUGCAUCCAACGUUUUCAACAUCCGAGGAAGUUGUUGCACUCUUAAUCGAAAGAUUCAAAAAAGUGAAGAAGAAAAAUUUAUCGCGUGAUUUUGAGAACUUUAUAAGGGUAACCGUUAAUGUUCUGUUGGUCUGGUUGGAGAACUUCCCUGGAGAUUUCACAAAAGAUUCGAACUGUAAAUUACUGAAACAACUCCAGAUGUUCGCGAAAAAUGAACUGAAGGAAAAACGCAGUCAGGAAGUCUUACGGAAGACACAACAAUUGCUGGAAAAUACUUCACCUUCUCUUAAACAUGAAGUAUCACGAUGUUCACCAAAUGUCGACAAAAGUGACGGUGGUGAAAGUGCGGAGAGUGUCUCUUUUUCGGAAAACAGGGAAUUGGUGGAAUUCGCCCCCACUGAAGUUGCUGAACAAUUGACAUUGAUAGACGCUGAACUCUUCAAAGCUGUGAUACCAAGGGAAUGCGUGGGAUGUGUGUGGUCAGGACGGGAUAAAAAAGAAAACAAACAAAAGGCGUUAAGUGUUAAAGCUACGGUUAAUCAAUUCAACGCCGUCUCUAGACGAGUCACGACAACUAUUCUUUUCGGAGACUUACGGGGAAGCCCGAGUAUAGCACGAAGAUCAAAACGACUUGAAGCCUGGAUUGAAAUAGCACAGGGAUGCCGAGAUCUUAAGAACUUCUCGUCGUUAAAAGCGAUCAUGUCAGCGUUACAAUCAGCUCCUAUACAUCGUCUUAAGAAAACCUGGUGCGCUAUAUCAAGGAAUCAUCAUUCGUCAUUCGAGGAGCUGUCAGCACUUGUGUCCGAGGAGAGCAACCAAAACGUUGUGAGAGAAUUGUUGAAGAAGGAAGGUACGGCUAAAACUGUUGAAUUGAAGAAGAAGUCCUCACUAACGAGAAAAGGAACUCAUCACCAGCGAACACCAAAUACUAAUGGUAAUAUUAGUGGAACAGUUCCGUACCUAGGAACGUUUCUUACUGAUUUGAUGAUGUUGGAUACAGCUUACCCCGACAUGAUUGACGGAAAUCUAAUCAAUUAUGAGAAGAGGCAAAAGGAAUUCGAAGUCAUUGCCCAAAUCAGAUUAUUCCAAGAAGCAGCGAAGAACUAUUACAUUUUACCCAAUAAUGAGUUUCGAAAUUGGUUCGAUUCACUAGAAACGCUGACAGAAAACGAAUACUUCACUCUGUCAUGUAGCUUGGAAUCUGGUUCUUUACCAAAGAGACAAGCCUCACUUUUCAGAUCCAGGAAAUUAAAAAGUGAAAACGAUCUGGUCAAAGCAAGUUCAUUCAGAGAAGACCUGACGGAUGGCUGUGGUUCAAUUAAUCACAAACGACAAAACUCCGGAUCGUCAAUACGCUCUGAGGGAUGCCCAAUGAUGUUUGGCAGUGAUGGACACAUUAUUCGUGUCUCGCUACAGAGCGAUGAUAGUUGUAAUCUGUACAAGAGUAUACGGGUCAACGAAGGUGAUCGAACACCAGCGGUAAUAAAAAAGUCUCUAACGAAGCAUCAUAUUGACGGGGAACAGCCAAAUAAUUGGACAUUAGUACAAAUACUACCGAAUGGAAAUGAAGUUGUCAUUCCUAAAAAUGCGAAUGUCUACUAUGCGAUGGCCACAAAUAACAAAGAAAAGGGUUUAUACUUUCUUCUACGGGAAAAUCCAGCAUAAACUAUUUCACACAGAUAGAUUUUACAACCGUACAAGCUAAAUUCACCUGGUUCUUUUCACCCCGAACAGCUCCGGAAAAGUCGUAUCUUAAAAUAUUAAGAAAGCUAAUGUAGUACAUUUAUCCUGGCUCAAUUCACGUGAUCUGCGAAAUCAUGUUGCCUAUACUUUAAUCUGACGUUGAUUUUAUUUUGAUCCUACAAUUAAUCAUUGUAAAUACCGUUCUUUGACAACGCACCUAUAUGCGAGUAUUUUAUACAGAUUGUGUUUUCUUAUGUAUAUAUUACAUGUACAGAUAUGGGUUUAAUUUAACCAAACAUAUAUGGGUGGGCAUGCUUUAACGAGACCAACGAGGGAACUAUUGAAAUAUUGGACACCUUAUUGAAGGUGUAUAUUAUUUUAAAGCUGCUGGUGAACUUCUUACUUCUCAACUAUGGUGGUGUUUGGUUUGUGGGGGUAAUCAUGGGGAAACAUACAAAGGUUUAUCUACCUUUAAGAACUUUACUUCCUCCUUUACAUCUCCUUGCACCACCUGUGUUUGUGAUUUUGUCAGAUGAUGUUGUGUUGAUUAAAAAGUAUUCUUUUAUCAA